AGAGAAAGGAAGAAGAAAAAUGGCGUGGUCUCCAUUUUCUUCUUCCUCCACUCCUCUCUGCUCUUCACUCACUAGAAAUCCAACGAAUUCCCUUUGCAAAACCUCUUCUUUAUUCCAUCAUCACUCAGUUAACCACACAAGGGAUGAAUUUCUACAAUACCCAAAUACAAUUUCGUUCAACAAUCUUCAUUUCCGCACCAAAAAGUUUACUGUUUGCUCAAAAACUGAAUCCGGGGUUGAACAGAAACCACCAUCAUCAUCAUCAGAACUUGACUGUGUAGGAACUGGGCUUGACGUGGAGUGUGUAGUGAACCCUUCUGAGGAAUUCCCCAAAGACUCUAAUUUACGGUUUCAAGAUGAAAGGGUGUCGUCCAUGGAGUUGCUCCAGACGAUUUUGGAAUGGGGUUUGCUAAUUUCGCCUUUCUUCUUCUGGGGUACAGCUAUGGUUGCAAUGAAGGAGGUUUUGCCAAAGACUGGACCUUUUUUCGUUUCAUCAUUUAGGUUGAUUCCAGCUGGGUUAAUGUUGGUAGGUUUUGCUGCUUCAAGGGGUAGGAAUUACCCUUCUGGAUUCAAUGCUUGGCUCUCUAUUACACUCUUCGCUAUAGUUGAUGCUACUUGUUUUCAGGGAUUUCUUGCAGAAGGACUUCAGAGGACAUCUGCUGGCUUAGGCAGUGUGAUAAUAGAUUCACAGCCUCUGACGGUGGCUGUGCUUGCAGCUUUGUUAUUUGGUGAGUCCAUAGGUUCUGUCGGAGCUGCAGGUCUUGUGCUCGGGGUGAUAGGCCUUUUACUCCUUGAGGUACCUGCUCUCUCUUUUGAUAAUAGCAACUUUACACUCUGGGGAAGUGGAGAGUGGUGGAUGUUUCUUGCAGCACAAAGCAUGGCUGUCGGCACAGUAAUGGUCCGUUGGGUUUCUAAAUACUCAGACCCAGUCAUGGCUACUGGAUGGCACAUGGUUAUUGGGGGACUUCCUCUGGUGGCUAUCUCAAUUCUCAAUCAUGAACCUGUCAUUAGUGGGAGUUUGAUGGAACUAACAUCAAAUGACUUGUUGGCUUUGCUGUAUACCUCAAUCUUUGGAAGUGCCAUAAGCUAUGGUGUAUACUUCUACAAUGCAACAAGAGGUAGCCUGACAAAGCUCAGCUCCCUUACCUUUUUAACUCCAAUGUUUGCAUCGAUUUUCGGGUUCCUAUAUCUAGAUGAGACCUUCACACCCGUGCAACUAAUUGGAGCAUUUGUCACAGUGGCUGCAAUUUACAUGGUUAAUUACAAAAGCAAUACAAAAUAAUAUGGCUGGCAAUCAACUGAUCCCCUCCUUGUGUCUGGAUAGAGAAGAAGGCUCAGCAGCUUUCUACUCCAUUUGCAGAAGCGACAUACACUGUAUAGAAAAUAUUUCAAGAUUAUAUUAAGGCCCUACAAGAGUACACACACCGGUUAAUAUGCAGGCUGGAACUUGCUUGGAGGUGGAUUUCUGUCCAGCCAUGUACCAUAAAUCUUGAAGCAUGAGAUUCAAGAUGGUGUAUUAUCACAUUAGGUGUAGAGAAACUUUUCUCGGAUACAAUGACCAGGAAUAAUAACAUUGUAAAUGUUAGAUUUGUGUAGAGAAUUUUCAUGCUACCACAGCAUCAGGUUUAACAUAUGUAUCU